AGGCAGCCCCUGCCGCCGCCGCCGCCGCUCCUCGCCGGGGCCCGGGAGGCCGAGGCCGCCGCGUCGCGCCCGGGACAUGCGGCCUCUCCAGCCGCAGCCAUCGCCGAGGAGACGGGGGACAUGAGGCUCCGCAAUGGCACCUUCCUCACGCUGCUGCUCGGCUGCCUGUGCGCGCUCUUCUCGCUCUCCUGGUACGGGGCCUUCGGCGGGCACAAAGGUGAUGUUGUGGAUAUCUAUCAGCGAGAGUUCCUAGCACUACGAGACCGCUUGCACGCUGCCGAACAGGAGAGCCUCAAGCGGUCCAAGGAGCUGAACCUAGUCCUAGAUGAAAUAAAGCAAGCCAUCUCUGAGAAGCAGGCCCUGCGAGACAUAAACCGGACAUGGAGCAGCUUAUCUGAUGAAACAAAACUGAAACUGUGGAAUAUCACGAACAAGAAUGUGUUGCAUCUCCCCACCAUCUUUCAUCAUUUGCCACAUUUGCUGUCAAAGGAGAACAGCCUGCAGCCGGCUGUACAUGUGGGACAGGGGCGCACCGGAGUAUCGAUAGUCAUGGGGAUUCCCAGUGUCAAGCGGGAAGUGCAUUCCUACCUGACAGAUACCUUAAACUCUCUCAUUUCGGAACUCAACCAGCAGGAGAAGGAAGACUCUGUCAUUGUUGUCAUGAUUGCUGAGACAGAUGCACAGUAUACAACAGGAGUGGCAGAAAAUAUCAAAAGCCUGUUUCCCAGUGAAAUUCAUUCUGGUCUUCUAGAAGUUAUUUCCCCUUCCCCACACUUCUAUCCAGACUUCUCCCGCCUCCGAGAAUCGUUUGGUGACCCCAAGGAAAGAGUCAGAUGGAGAACUAAACAGAACCUAGACUACUGCUUUUUAAUGAUGUAUGCCCAAUCCAAAGGCAUCUACUAUGUUCAGCUGGAAGAUGACAUUGUAGCCAAACCAAACUAUCUCAGCACAAUGAAGAACUUUGCUCUGCAACAACCAUCUGAGGAAUGGAUGAUCUUGGAGUUUUCACAGCUUGGGUUUAUUGGGAAGAUGUUCAAGUCACUGGAUCUCAGUCUGAUUGUGGAAUUCAUACUCAUGUUCUAUAAGGACAAACCCAUUGAUUGGCUCCUCGACCAUAUCCUCUGGGUAAAAGUCUGCAACCCAGAAAAAGAUGCAAAACACUGCGACAGACAGAAGGCGAACCUGAGGAUCCGGUUCAAGCCCUCACUCUUCCAGCAUGUAGGCACCCACUCCUCCCUGGCCGGGAAGAUCCAGAAGCUGAAGGACAAAGAUUUUGGGAAGCAGGCUCUUCGCAAAGAGCACGUGAACCCUCCGGCAGAAGUGAGCACCAGUCUGAAAACCUACCAACACUUCUCUCUGGAGAAAGCCUAUCUGCGGGAAGAUUUCUUUUGGGCAUUUACUCCCACAGCAGGUGACUUCAUUCGCUUCCGCUUCUUUAAGCCACUCCGCAUUGAACGGUUUUUCUUCCGCAGUGGCAACAUUGAACACCCCGAAGACAAACUCUUCAACACAACAGUGGAAGUUUUACCCUUCGAUAGUCUCCAGUCAGAUAAGGAAGCCCUGCAGGAGGGAAGAGCAACAGCUUUCAAGUACCACAGGACAUCUGACGGCUACAUACAGAUAGUGCACCAUCGCAUGCUCCUCAGCCCUCUGGAUUUUCAUAUGCAUUCUUCCAACGAUCAGCCAACCUUCUGUGCCCAAGGAGUCUGAUUGGGCCAUUUUGGAGGUCACCACUUAUAUUUUUCUGGAAUGUGGUUGUACAUCAGAAAAUAUGGAGGGGUUCUUGGCCUGCAGCCCGUCCCCCUUGUGCUAGGAUGCCUCUACACAAGGACCACAGUGGGAAUGAGUUAGCCCUGAGUGUUAUAUAUGAUGAAACAGCGCCACCUACUGGGCACCUGAGGCUUUGCAAAAACACACACGCAACAGCUUUGGAGUUCAGGAUGGGGAUGGGUGAUAAAUUUGCACAGCCUUUGCUGCCCAUAACCUCCCAUUACUUCUCACCGAGGUCUUGGUGCAGCCGCAGUUCUGAUGCCAUCAUGGUCUGGGUGGAGGGGAAUGUUGCAUACAGGUUCUUUCUUUCCCCGGAAAUCUCAUGGCAAGCAACACUGGGGCAGACUGGUGCUUUUUCAUGAUAUACGGCACUAGGAAUCAUGGUUAUAUUUCCCAGGACCAGCCAGAUAGUGCUUACGCUGCAGGUUUUAAUAAAAGCUACAUCUUUCCUCUUGGGCAAGAUCAUGUUCCCUUUUCAGAAACCUUGAGCUGCGGGGGUGACAGGGCAUAAUUCAUUUGCAAAGUCAUUCUUUCUACUUUGUGUUUAGUAGCUGCUGGAAAAGAAGAGGCCGGUAUGACUGAGUCAGAGGGUGGAACGGCACAGGGGAGCUGAGCCCACUGGGUGGCCCCUAGUCUAAACAUCUGUGCUGAGCCAGCAGCAGGGCACUGGCAGUGUGUGACAGGCUAUCACGGGGGAACGCGGCGUGUAUUUAUAGAUCCCACAUGGCUGCCGCUUGCUAACUUUACUAUGCCAGCCUUGCCAGCCCUAGUUAGGGCGAUGACAGCAAGCAAACCUACAGGUAGGUAACCUACUGCGAGGCCACUCUAAUGAUGCAACAUACUCAUCACUCGAAAAUCUGGUUGGGUGUCUUCAUGCAAGGUGUUGUUUACUUUAACAGGCUUAGAUGCAGUUGGCCGCCUUAUGGAGUGUUGUUUGGCAAUUUAAAAGAUGAACACCCCCCCCCCCCUUACAGGCGGUCCUAUGAAAUCUAAACUGAAGGAUUCCAGCUCUAGGCAGCUCCAGAUGUUGAUGUCUCCUGAGAGGGAGGAGAGGAUGGCUUAGGGACCAAGUGGCUGAUGAACUGCACCCUGUGGAGCCACAUGCUCGAGAGCAAAGGUCCCGGAGCCUGUGCUGCUCCUCUGAGGGCUGAUGCUUGCCCUUAAGUGGUCCUUGGGCACGGCCCCCUUCAUCAGGGUGGCACCUGAGUGCAGUGGUGCUGCUGUCACCGAGAGCUUUCCUGCAGUUGUCUUUCCUGUCCUC